GAAAAUAGGAGCACACUCUGUCCUGCUUUUCACACAGCGUCUCACCUUGGACCGAGAGGGUUCAUCUUGCAUCUUCUUAAUACUUUACUUUUCUUCAUCCCUCCACCAGGACGGAUUUCUAAUAUUAAAUAACUUUAUGAUUGUUACCCUGCAUGCUUCAUGGUUUCAUAUUGAUCUUAGCAAUGUGACACUAUGAUUUGUUUUACAUAUUAAUAUGCAUUUGCUGUUUACAUAUAAUAUGCAUUGUUUUGUAGUAUUAUGUAAAGGUUUGUACAUUUGGCAAAAAUGAGCUGGUAUUGUUUUAAUGAUGGUGUACAUACACAUGCUGGUCUGCAAAUGCUGCUCACCUAACUCAGGUGCUCUUCUACUGUGUAGUUGCUCUUGAUAAGUGCAAUGUAAAGAUGUCAGUGCAAAGUUUCAGGCCAGUUUCUUCUUACAUGAUAACAAAUUAGGCUACACACCUAGCAAAAUUGCACAAACACCAAGACAUGCAAGUCACACCCAACUGAAAGCAAACAAACUGAAAGACCACACCACUUCCUCUCAGAAAUCCCCCCUCACUUGUGAGAUAGUGAACAGAAACUAUUUUGGAUUUCCUGGUUAAUUGUAGGGUUUAAUAUAUAUUUCAUCCAUUGCUUUAAGUGAGCUAUAGCCAGGUGAAAUGGUUUUCAAACAAUAUACCUAUGCUUUCCUCUCAGUUGUGAUUGUGGGCCUGGUUCAAGGACAGUCCAUGAGCUCCAUAGGCACUUAUACUACCACACAACCCCUGUUAACUGACUACAGGAGUGAAAACUAUACCACUGGAAGGAGUGUUAAUAUCUCUUGUACAAAUAAGACAUGGAGCGAGAUGAUAUACACCACCUGGGAGAUCCCUAAAGAUAGAAACCUCUGCACAAUAGCAGCUCAUAUAGACAAACUUCCUGUUGACAACUGUUUGAAUGGAAUGGUCCUGCGCCACACAACUAAUGGAGAAUCCUACCUGCACAUUCCUCUUUUUAAAGACACAGAUGAAGGAAUUUAUAAGUGUGAAACUGCCUAUGUAGGUACAAGUUAUACAGCAUACAUCACUGUAUCUGCCAGAGUUUCCCCACAGAUAUCCACCAGGCUGGACUUCAGGGAUGGUAAGAGAGAGGCUGUGUGUUCAGCUGAAGGUGGUAAACCUGCUGCCUCCAUCUCCUGGAGAAACAGGUGGAACUCCAGUGUGACUCAGAGUUCAAAUAAGAACUUGGACGGCUCCUUCACUGUGGAGAGCAGACUGAUCCUCCCUGACUCCAUUUCUGCUGGAAACCUCAGCUGCAUCAUCACACAUCCCAGCUGGGGAGAGAACCAUUGGUUUAUGUCCACUCAAGAUAAUAGAGAGGGUCCACAUUUUUCUCUGAAGAAACUUGGAAUCUACAUAAGCUGUGUUAUCAUUGCCCUGGCGAUUCUGGCUGUAUUUUGUAUUUUAAGGAAGAUUCCCCAAAAGUCUCGAAAUGUGGAGAUUCAUGGGCUGCAGACUGUUUACACCAUCAUCAAACCUUCGCACAAACAACAAUUCAGCCAAGGCCAGACGAUAGGAGAGUGAAAUUUAGAGACUGGCUACUUGGGGGAGGGGGGCUACGAGGAGGAACAAUGACACAGUUCAUUUUGAAAUAUAACAUUUAAUUUAGAACACUGAACUUUACAGUGGCUGGGGUAAAAAUAGUGAAGUAUCGAUUUUGAGUGUUGAAUGACUUUUGUUUGUUUGUUUCUUGUGUUUGUUUGUAGUUAGGUUACAUCUACGUACAUAUUCCAUCCAUGAUGUUGUAAUGUGACCAAAUAAACAUUUGCCAUUGACAAAAUACAAAAAAUAUCUGCAUUAUAGGAAUUGACACACUCUCAGUUUCUAUACCGACACCAAGGACUCAACACCCCCCAUAUCCAGAGUUAACACUCCAGCUCCUUGAGGAAAUAAAGACAUUCAGCCCAAAUGUGACUAUUUUACCCUUAACUUUCACUUUGCAUUUUUUUUAAUGCAAUGCAAUACCUUGACUGAAUUCACUUGCAUAUAUGAAUUCAGUGAUGUGCAACUAACAAGCAGAAUCUCCACCUAUCCUACCAAUGAUGUGCACUUCCUGUCCUCAAAAGAAUCUUAGCAAGGUGCAAACAAGUUCCUGUUAUGCAUUCGGGACCCACUUUUCUUUAGUUUCUCUUUCUUCCUUCCUUCUGUUCUUCUUUUUUCCCCAGCAUUGAUGAACUCGGUAUUUCUUAAAUGGUUCUGAUCACAGACAACAUUGCCAUGGAUUUAUUUCUUCUCCUGCAUGCAGUUUUAGGGAGCUAUGCCAUACCAACAAAGUCCCAAGACUCUACAUCCACCAGACCACUGUUGAAGGAGUUCAGGAGUGAGACUUGUGUCUUGGGAAGCAGUGUUGAUCUGAUAUGUACCAACAAGACCUGGAACGAGAUGAUCCACACCAUCUGGGAACUGACCACUGAGAGAGGCACAUGCAUAAUAGCAUCUGGUUUCGGUGUGCCGGACCAUGACACCUGUAACGAUGGGAAAGUGCUGAACAAUAGUAGCAGUGGGGGAAGCUAUCUGCACAUCCCUCUCUUCUCAAAGGCAGAUGAAGGACUUUAUCACUGUGAGGCAGUGUACAGGGAUGGCAGCUAUUCGGUGGAAAUCAAAGUGUCCGCAGGAGACACAGUUUCCCCACAGAUAUCCACCAGGCUGGACUUCAGGGAUGGUAAGAGAGAGGCUGUGUGUUCAGCUGAAGGUGGUAAACCUGCUGCCUCCAUCUCCUGGAGAAACAGGUGGAACUCCAGUGUGACUCAGAGUUUAAAAAAUAACAUGGACGGCUCCUUCACUGUGGAGAGCAGACUGAUCCUCCCUGACUCCAUUUCUGCUGGAAACCUCAGCUGCAUCAUCACACAUCCCAGCUGGGGAGAGGGUCACACUGAAGCGAUUCAAGCUAUAAACCAUGAAGAGUCUACAGCCAGCUUUACCCUGCAGUAUAGCGUCCUUUCUGUCUGUUCUGUCAUUUUGCUGUUGGGAUUUCUGACUGCAUGCUCCAUCGUGAGAACAUCAGUUCGAAGAAGAAGAACAGUCUGGAGGCCCAUAUGCCAUGUCUAUAGAUGAGACCAGAGGUCCCAGCAGGGGGUGUACACCCAUACUCUGACACCGCGGGCAAAGUGUCGUACGCCCUCUUCUGUCGCAUUUGCAAAAUGGCCUGUGUGUGACGAGAGAAGUCAUGGGCGACACGGAGGUGCUCCUGCAGAUGUUGGGCAUACUCACACUCCCACUGCCCUUGCUCUGCAGACCCCCGUGGUGACCUCUGUUCCCGGCCGUGCAUUGGGUGGAAAAACACCAGGCCGUGCAUUGGGUGGAUCCUGCACCACCGAUCCAGCACCAGGGGCUGGUGACGGUCCCAGUCACGUUGGUGACGGCUAGUCAGGAUAGCCAGCUGUGUAGCCAGGAUGCGGUUAAAUCUUUCCACCAGCCUGUCACUCUGAGGAUGGAGGGGGAUCGUUUGGGUUUUCUUGACACUUAACCGGUUGCAGACCUCCUGGAACUCCUGGGCCUCAAAAUUCCAGCCCUGGUUGCUGCAGAGCUCUACUGGCACCCCAAACCGGCAGAACAUCUUCUCCACUAGGGCAUUAGUCGUAGUCACCGCACUUUGGUCGGGGAACUCAUAUGCCUCUGGCCACUUGGUAAAACAGUCCAUGGCCACCAGGACAUACCGAUUCCCAGAGUCAGUGGUGGGGGAGGGGCCCAGGACGUUGACCCCCAAACGCUCCAUGGGAGCCCCCACCAAGUACUGCUGCAGUAUUUGCAUGCAAGAUGAGUACUUUCAUGCUGUGUCCCAAACAUUAUGGUUCCCUGAAAUGUAUUAAAAUCUGACAAUGUGCAUUUAAACCACAUGUGAUUUUCCUUAUUACAAAUCUGAAAUUGUAGAGUACACAGGCAAAUGAACAAAUGAUGGGGUUUUGUCCCAAACAUAUAAUAAUCAAAAAUAUGUGUUACUCUCCAAGUCUUCCCAAGCCGCUCAGUCUCAUGAGAAACUACUUCUCUCUAGGGAGAUUAUUUCAACAUGAAACUCAUGAGAGAAAUACCCAACUUCCACCUGACAAAUUUACAAGAAGUGUCACCUAAUUUGCAUGCAAUAGAAGAAGAAGCAACAGACUGAGUUCGCUAAACAUUCUGUUUUUCUUUUGAAUCA